AUGGCCAGCGCCGCGAUGGUCGUGUACUGCUUCGACACGCUGCAGUCGCACUUUGACGGCGACGUGGAGCCAGCGCCGCGCUUCAAUGUGCAGCAGCAAUAUCCACUGUUUGUGACGUGGGAGAUCGAGGAGCACGGCAAGACCCACUUACGUGGCUGUAUCGGGACGCUGAAGCCCACGAGUCUAUGCAACUUGCGGGACUUCACGUUCAAGAGCGCACUGCGCGACCACCGCUUCGACCCCAUUGGGCCGCAGGAGCUGCAGCGUCUGCGCUGCUCGGUGUCGCUGCUGCUGGACUACCAGGACGCCGAGAGUUACGACGACUGGAAGAUUGGCACGCACGGGAUCAUUGUCGAGUUCACCGACUCGCGCGGCAACGAGUACAGUGCCACGUACUUGCCCCAAGUAGCUCGCGAGCACGGGUGGACCCAUGUUGAGGCAGUCACGUCUCUUAUGAGAAAAGCGGGCUAUUGCCGUAGGGUCACGGACGCUAUGUUGAAAGCCGUCAGGGUCACACGAUACCGGGCCUCGUGUCACAAGCUCACGUACCAGCAGUACCUCUGCGUCAAACAAGAGAUGCUGGUUAGUGCGUAG